UCUGACUUUAACGCAUUUGACAGCUGCCCUUAGUAGUUUUAUCUUAUUUACUAUUUAUUUUUUUGGGAAAUUAUUUAAGUAUACAAAGUCAAAUUAUGAAACUCGAUUCCAACAAUAAAUUGAUCAAUAGUGAUAGUGCUGACGGUUCCGAAGAAGUGGUGGAUCCGCGACAAAAUGCAGAAGAUAUAAUUGACGAGAUUCUGGCUGAGUUUACAGAAUCUCGAACACCGGAGCUCAUUAGAAACGGGAACAGCAUUCCGGACAACCUGUUCAAUAUGAUACAACCGCCAAGGACCAGGACACCGGCUAAUUCCUUCUCUGAAACUGCGACGAUCGACGACAUCGAUCCGGCGUCGGAUCUCGGAACAUCUAUCAGAAACAAAUGCUUGGAACUAGAAGAAAUCUUACAGAGCCUUAAGUCGCGUCUGAAUCAUGUGGUUCUAGACGAAAAUAUUGUUCUCAGCCCCGAAGCUAAUUCUAUGGAAGCUCAACUAGAGCAUGACUUGGACACUGAUUGUCAGGAGGACCUAUCACUUCAAGAAUUCCUUGAGCUUCUACAUUCGCAAAAUAAGGUAACAUCAAGCGGCGUGCAAUGACUAUUUACGAAUCAUUGGCUAUAGUGUAAGAAAAAAUGAAUUUACUGUGUGCAAAUUUGAGAUUACAUUAUCUAUAAAAGUCAUCAUGUUGUAACUGUCUAGAUUUGCGCAUUGUAAUGUAGAAAAGUAAUUGGAAACCAAGAAAAUGUACUUUAAAUUGGAAUUAUUGUUGUGAGAUGUGAAAAAUAAAAGAUGAACUUGA